AGGAAGUGCAGAAGUUGUUGUUAGAGGUCUUCAACUCCAGCGGAACCCGCAGCAGAGCGUCUCAUCUGUCAUGGCUGAACCCAGAAUAUCUUCUAUCGAUGGGAAGUUGGCCGAAGAGUUUGCCGUUCCCUCCCACGUCGAGGAGGUCAAGGAGAAGAUGGCUGCCUUCGCCGGGUGUCACGCAGCAGCGGGUCGCAGGGUGGUCCUCAUCACAUCGGGAGGCACCAAGGUUCCCCUCGAGUCCCGCACCGUUCGCUUCUUGGACAACUUCAGCAGCGGCAGACGGGGAGCCGCCUCGGCAGAGUACUUCAUGGACUCGGGCUACGCUGUCAUCUUCCUGCACAGGCACCGCUCCCUCUACCCCUACACCCGCAUGUUCCUCACCAUCAACAUGCUGGACGCCCUGCAGUUCAGAGGCGAGGACGGAGCCUCCGGUACCGCUGGGGAGGUGGUGGUUAACCAGCAGGUGCUUCCAAACAUUGGCAAAACGCUGAAGCGAUACAACGAAGUCAAAGACGGCAGACUUCUCCUUCCCAUCGAGUUCAGCACUCUGUCAGAAUAUCUGCAUCUGCUCAAAGCAGCAGCACAAGCUCUCAGCACCAUAGGAUCAAAGGCCAUGUUCUACUUGGCUGCAGCUGUGUCUGAUUUCUACAUCCCAGCGUCCGAGAUGCCCGAACAUAAGAUCCAGUCCUCCAACGGUCCCUUGCAGCUCAGUAUGAAGAUGGUCCCCAAAAUCCUGUCCCCACUGGUGAAGGAAUGGGCUCCUCAGGCUUUCGUUACGUCCUUCAAGCUGGAGACGGACGCGACCAUCCUGCUGGACAAGGCCAGAGGGGCUCUGGACACCUACAGGCACCAGGCGGUGGUGGCCAACGUGCUGGACUCUAGACGGGGCUACGUGGUGGUGGUGACCCCCGAGACUCAGGCCGAGCUGAUCCUCACCGAGGAGGAUGUGAAGAACGAGGUGGAGAUAGAGGAGAGGAUAGUGAGGAACCUCACAUCUGCACACAACAGAUUCAUCAGCCAACAAGUGGUCUGACGGUGAUCGUAAUCAGAUGAAAUAUAAAGAGAAUGAUUUUA